AUGAUUUAUGUUUCCAGAAAAAGAUUUCUAACAGCUCACGCCAACAAUAUUGACCCAGACUAUUUCAGAAGUCAUAGAUUGAGAAGGAAGAGUGACACAUAUGCCUUUGGGGUUGUGUUGUUGGAAGUACUGUGUGAAAGACCAGCACUGGAUCGAAGAGUCGAAGAGGAUAAGCAGAGGAUCCUCGCCAUUUGGGCUCAAGAUUGCAUCAGCAAAGGAGAAAUUGAUCAGCUUGUUGCUCCAAGUCUGAGGGGCCAAAUAUCAAUAGAGAGCCUGAUGACAUUUCUUGAAGUUGCUAAAAGAUGCUUGCAUGACGAACCAAAUAAACGGCCUACAAUGGCUCAAGUUGUGGUACAACUUGAGUCUGCACUGGAGCAGCAGGAAAGUUCAAACUCUUCUGCUCCAGAGAUAACGAGUUCUGAUAGUGUCGUGCCUUGUGCUGGGAAAACUUUCCAUUCAAUUAGCACAGAGAUAAAAGAAAUGUCCUCUGUGGAUGAGUAG